AUGGCGACAGCACCUCCCCAAAAGUCGGAAUGGCUGAUCGUCGUCCACGACCUGCCCGAUACUGCGGAUCGAAGAAGAGAACUCCUCCCUAAACACGGCGAGGACCGCAAGAACGAUCCUGCUGGGUUCUGGGUGUUUGGAGGCGCUCUCCUGGAUGAGCCUGCUUUGGCUGGGAAACCCAUGUCCAUGGCGGGGAGCUGUAUGCUCGCAUACGCAGAGAGCAAGGAGGAGAUUUUGGAACGGCUUAAGCGCGACGUUCUAGUUACUGGGAAAGUCUGGGACUGGGAGAAAUUGCAAGUCUAUCCGUUCUGGAGGCCUGCGAGACCGUCCAUAUAA